GUGUACAGGAGGUUGUGCCAAGUGCCUGGGCAUUACUCUCAUUCCUUUAGCUGUUCUAUAUGUCUACUGGCCAACAUCUUACUGUUUUUUCCUGCUGGAAAGGUUGCAAAGAGCAAUGAUCACAUAUCAAGGGAAGUUUUCUACCUUGGUGGACUGUUGGGAUCUGGACUGCUGAUGAUUUUUCCUGCUCUGGUAUUUUUGGGCAUGAAGAAAAAUGACUGCUGUGGGUGCUGUGGCAAUGAAAGCUGUGGCAAGAGAUUUGCAAGUUUUUCUUCCAUCCUCUUUGCUGCUAUUGGAUUUGUCGGAGCCGGCUAUAAUUUUAUUGUUUCUGCAGUGGCUAUCAAUAAAGGACCAAUAUGUUUUUUUAAAAGUCAGGAUCAACAAUAUAUCUGGGAUUAUCCUUUUAAUGAUGGGUAG